AUGGAGGUAUGCUCUCUGAUUCCCUGCAAAGGCUGCACCCCUUGGCAGGGGCUCCUGCUCACAGCCUUCCUUUUAACCUGUUGGCACCUGCCCACCACUGCCCAAGUCACCAUCGAAUUAGUGCCGCCCCAAGUGGUUGAAGGAGAAAACGUUCUUCUACGUGUUCAUAAUCUACCAGAGAAUCUUCUAGCCUUUGUCUGGCACAAAGGGGUGAGGAAUAUGAGCCUUGGAAUUGCACUAUAUUCACUGGCCAAGGGUUUAAGUGUGACAGGGCCCAUACACAGUGGUAGAGAGACAGUGUACAGCAAUGGAUCCCUGCAGAUCCACAAUGUCACCCAGAAGGACACAGGAUUCUACACCUUUCGAACCAUAAAUGGACAAGUAGGAGUCUCAUCAAAAACAACCACGUACCUUCACGUAUAUACCUCCAUUUUGACCUGUGGCCGCCCCACAUCUUCCCAGCUCACUAUUGAAUCAGUUCCACCCAGCGUUGCUGAAGGGGAAAGUGUUCUUCUAAUGGUUCACAAUCUCCCAGAGAAUCUUCGAGCCCUUUUCUGGUACAAAGGAGUGACUGUGUUCAAGAACCACGAGGUUGCUCGGCACAUAAUAGGCAAGAAUUCAAGUGUGCUGGGCCCUGCACACAGUGGUAGAGAGACAGUGUACAGCAAUGGAUCCCUGCUGUUCCAGAAUUUCACCAGGAAUGACACCGGAUUCUACACUCUACAAACUCUGACCACAGAUCUGAAAGCUGGAGUAGCCCAUGUGCAACUACGGUUGGACAGUAAGCUUCAUCUUACCUCUUCCCAGCUCACUAUUGAAUCAGUUCCACCCAGCGUUGCUGAAGGGGAAAGUGUUCUUCUAGUGGCUCACAAUCUCCCAGAGAAUCUUCGAGCCCUUUUCUGGUACAAAGGAGUGACUGUGUUCAAGAACCACGAGGUUGCUCGGCACAUAAUAGGCAAGAAUUCAAGUGUGUUGGGUCCUGCACACAGUGGUAGAGAGACAAUGUACAGCAAUGGAUCCCUGAAGCUCCAGAAUUUCACCAGAAAUGACACCGGAAUCAACACCCUACGGACUCUGACCACAGAUCUGAAAGCUGGAGUAGCCCAUGUGCAACUACGGUUGGACACAUCCCUUUCUACAUGCUGCAACCUUUUCACUUCUGUCCAACUCAUGAUAGAGCCAGUGCCACAGAAUCCUGUUAAAGGGGAAAGCAUUCUUCUCCUUGUUCAUAAUCUGCCAAAAGAUCUGCGAACCUUUUCCUGGUACAAAUCAUUUUACAGCACCCAGAGUUUUAAAAUUGCAGAAUACAGAAGAGCCAUGAAUUCCAUCACCUGGGGGCCUGCCUACAGCAGAAGAGAAAUAGUGUAUAUCAAUGGAUCCCUUCUACUACAGGAUGUUACGGAGAAAGAUGCAGGAUUCUACACAUUACAAACUUUAAACAGAGAUUUCAAAACUGAAAACACACAUAUACAAUUCCAUGUGUACAACUGCAGGCUUCCUCCUACCACUGCCCAGCUCACUAUCCAGUCAAUGCCACCAAACGCUGUUGAAGGGAAAAACAUUCUCCUAGUUGCUCGUAAUAUCCCAGAGAACCUCCGGUCAUUUGUCUGGUACAGAGGGGCAACUACUGUCAACAGACACAAAAUUGCACAGAAUGUUAUAACCACGAACAGAAGCUUGCUGGGGCCUGCACACAGUGGUAGAGAGGUUGUUUAUCCCAAUGGAUCUCUGCUACUCCACAAUGUCACCCAGAAGGACGCUGGAUUCUAUACCCUAAGAACCUUAAAUACACAGUUGGAAACUCAAGAAACACAAGUGUAUCUCCACAUAUACAAGCCUGUAACACAGCCUUUUAUCCGAGUCACCAAUAUCAAAGUUAUAGUACAAAGCUCUGUAGUUCUCACCUGCCUCUCAGCUGACACUGGUAUCUCCACCCGGUGGAUCUUCAAUAACCGGAGUCUGCAGCUCACAAAGAGGAUGACACUGUCCAUGACAAAGUGCCAACUCAGAAUAGAUUCUGUUAGGAGGCAAGAUGCUGGAGAGUAUCAGUGUGAAGUCUCCAAUCCAGUCAGUUCGAAGACCAGUCUCCCAGUCAGGCUGGUUGUGAUGAAUGAGUGA